AUGGUUAAAGUCACACUUGAUCUCUGGAAAAAUUUUGGAGAAAAAGUUCCAUUGUCCCUUACAUACCCUGGAAUAGUCGAAAGAAAAGAAUACAUUAUCACUGUGGUAAAUCUGACAAAAGGGACACCAGUUCAUAACAUUCCAGCAGAGUACAAGAGUUACCCUCUAUUGGUCAAUUAUGGCACUAUGAAACCAUCAAGUAAUAUUUACCUCUGGUUUCAACAUCUCAAGCCUGGAAUCAGUAUAAGUGAUUCUGAAGAUGAUUCUGCAUGCACAUUAGAUGUAUUAUUUAAGGGCAAAUCUGAAGCUAUUGUUAGAUACCAGAACUUAAAUAUUGAUAAUUCAGAAAAACUUAUAGAUUACACGUUUUGCGAGAUUGAUCAGUGUAGCAAAAUAUCUUCUAACAAACCGUGUGGAGCUGAAACAAUUAUUCACAAGUUCCAAACUAUUUUGGAACCUGACAGUGACGUAAUAAAUGUCCAUAAGGUCAGCAGAGAGACAGGACAUACUGAAGGAUAUAUGUUACCUAUUUUUCAAUCUUGUAUCCUAUCUAAAUUGUUUAACGAAGACAAACAUGUUCAAGGUUUGAUAGGUCACGAAGUUAAUGGUAAAUUUGGAGAUCAUGGAGACUCAGAUGCUUCAGUUUACGAUUAA